AUGGAUGGCAAGAAAAUCUCGAAAAACGUGGCAUUAGCCCUCAAAAAGGAAGAAUUCCACUACUGGUCACCCCAAGAACUCGAACAAGGCGUCAAGAGAUAUCGCAACCUGAAGGCUCUGAUAAAAGACCCCGAAUUCCACGAAGAGAUCACGAGACCGGCAACAGUAGCCAACAGCACAGGAGGAAGAGUCGAACCAACCCUACAGCCACCUCCUCCACAAGAACAACAACAGUGGCAACUACCGUACCGACCGCCACAUCCCACGGUCUCUCCGUUAACAGACUUCCAACCAUACGAGUCAACAGACCGUAUCGGAAAGCAAUUAACAGAAUUCGCGAAACUGUACCCCGACGAUAUGAAAUACAGCGGCGAUAUGUACGAUGUACUCGAAAAGAAGAUGCCAGUAUUCGUGGAUCACUGUAGAAUGCUGGGAAUUCACACCUCCCAAUACAACAGGGCACUUCCCCUAAUACUGAAAGGAAUAGCCAAAACCUACUUCUACGCCUCGAUUAAAGUGAUCAACCCACAGCCCAACUUCGAGACCAUGAUCAACCAAUUGAAAUCACACUUCGAGACUAGGGAAAGGCAACAAGCGUACGUUACGCAGUGGAAUACAACUACUCUUCCCCAAAUCAUUCGCGAUAACCCUGGAAAGACCAAAUCGGAGUGUUUUGACAUACUAUGUGACAAAUUAAGCAAGAUUCAGCCCGGUUUGCCACAACAGGAUCACAACGACCGAUCCCUCCAUACCCAACUUCUACACGCUUGUAGAGAUAUUCCAGAGUGUGCAAUGGCGUUAUUUGUACCGGCUGAGACGUACGAGGGACUUCGCAGCCAAUUAAUCUCGUCGAUCGAGACAGCUACCCGUCUCAACCAACAACAAUUCAACACAGUAGCCAACCCACCAGAGCAGUACUGGACCGACAGAACUUUCAACGGUCGAGGGCGUUAUUCACGAUACAGUCGUUCAUCACGAAGUCGAUCAUCACGAGGAAGAAGCCGUGACAGACCCCUAUUACCGCCAACGCCUAAGAAGUGCUACGUGUGUGGAAAACCUAACUGCUGGUCAACCAAACACACCACAGAAGAGAGACGAAAAGCGUACGAGAAGUUCAAAACCACCCAAUAUGCCCAGGAUACGUCACUUCCAGCAUAUGGCCAAUUUCUCGUCCAAUACGAGGGUUUCGACGGGUUAGACCUACAACCUACCGCCGAAGACCCCCAGCAAUACUACCACGUAACCGAACAAACCAGUGAAAGUGACGAAGAGGAAGAGACCGGCAGCGACAGUCAAUUCCAGGUCACCGCCUAUUUCACUACAACAGCAAUUGACGGCAACAGGAUCGCCACGAUCCUAGCAGACCAGUCAACCCGCCAUGCUAUUACGAAAGAAGACCUCUUCCGCAACCAACCAGAACCGAAAGAGCUACCUUCGCAAUUCACACUCGAGGGACGCUACUCUGCCCAGAACUUCCAAGGGAUCAUGCCCGACUCGGGCGCAGCAGGAUUCUCAACCGCUGGCCACCCACAAUUCGUGGCCCUACAACAAAUUUACGAAGGAAUUACGUUAAACACUGAGGCGGCUGGCGGCGUUACAGUGAAAUUCGGCGAUGGGAUACCACUGGAGUCUAUAGGGACUACCAAAGUGCCAACGCCGUUUGGAAGCGUCAAAUUUCACGUUAUUGAGACUAACACUCCCUUCCUUAUGUGCCUAGGAGAUAUGGACCGAUUGAAGGUCUACUUUAACAACGUUACGAAUACCCUCAUCCAAGGAAACAAGGUCGUACCUAUUAUUCGCAAAUGGGGCCACCCAUGGUUAUUACUCGAUAAGGAGAAACCACUCGCCUGGAACCACCUCACAGACGCUGAAUUGCGACGGGUUCACCGUCGCUUCGGACACCCAUCUGUUCAACGAUUACACAAGGUGCUCCAGAGGGCCGGCCACCCAGUUGAAAUUACGGCAAUUGAGCAACUAUCGAAAGUCUGCCAUCGAUGCCAAAUGCACGCACCAGCGCCAUCACGGUUCAAAUUCACGUUACGAGACGAUUACGAAUUCAACUACGAGGUUAUCGCCGACGUGAUGUACCUUGAGGGUAACAGACCGGUCCUCCACGUCGUCGAUACCGCCACGGCGUUCAACGCCGCCCGGUUCCUUGAGGACAUUUCUGCGAAAGCCACUUGGGAAGCCCUACGCCUCUGCUAG